UUCGCGACGUUUUGCGACAGUGCCGUGCUCCCUUACGGCUUCUCUACCGAGGCAAAGUGCGUCUCUUCGGAGCAAAUACCGGCUGAGUGAAACGCAGCGACAAGAGAAAGGAACAUACUUCGGGCUCGUUUUCUACCUGGACCACAUCCGAGCAACCACGCAUCCCUUCCGGUACCGACAAUUAACCCCGAAAACUCGAUGUGGAAGCUGGGCUGAAGGGAGAACCCGCCACGCAGGGGACGGCAACUCGCUGAAUUAUCGAACCGAGCUUCGCGGAGUUAGCCCGGUUGCCUCCCAAGCGACGCUUUAAAAAAAAGGGGGUGGUGGUGGGUGGAGAGGAACGGAGUCGGGGGGUGAAAAUGGACUAUGACUUCAAGGUGAGGCUGACCGGCGAAAGGGAGCGAGUCGAGGACCUGUUCGAGUACGAAGGAUGCAAAGUGGGAAGAGGCACUUACGGCCAUGUAUACAAGGCGAAGAGAAAAGAUGGGAAGGAUGAUAAGGACUACGCCCUCAAGCAGAUUGAAGGCACUGGCAUCUCCAUGUCAGCCUGCAGGGAGAUCGCACUGCUGCGGGAGCUGAAGCAUCCCAACGUCAUCUCACUGCAGAAGGUUUUUCUGUCACACGCCGACCGUAAAGUUUGGCUGCUCUUUGACUACGCCGAACACGAUCUCUGGCACAUUAUUAAGUUCCACAGAGCGUCCAAGGCCAACAAGAAGCCACUUCAGCUGCCGAGAGGAAUGGUCAAGUCUCUGCUCUACCAGAUCCUGGAUGGCAUCCAUUACCUCCACGCCAACUGGGUCCUCCACAGAGACCUGAAACCAGCUAACAUUUUAGUGAUGGGGGAAGGGCCAGAGAGGGGCCGAGUGAAGAUUGCGGACAUGGGGUUCGCCCGCCUCUUCAAUUCACCGCUGAAGCCUUUAGCCGAUCUCGACCCUGUGGUGGUCACCUUCUGGUACAGGGCGCCCGAACUGCUGCUCGGGGCUCGGCACUACACCAAAGCCAUCGACAUCUGGGCGAUCGGCUGCAUCUUUGCCGAGCUGCUGACGUCGGAGCCCAUAUUCCACUGCCGCCAGGAGGACAUCAAGACCAGUAACCCUUACCACCAUGACCAAUUGGACCGCAUCUUCAACGUCAUGGGCUUCCCCGCUGAUAAAGACUGGGAGGACAUCAAAAAGAUGCCAGAACACUCGACACUGAUGAAAGACUUCCGAAGGAACACAUACACAAACUGCAGCCUUAUAAAAUACAUGGAGAAACACAAAGUCAAGCCAGACAGCAAAGCGUUCCAUUUGCUGCAGAAGCUGUUGACCAUGGACCCCAUCCGGAGAAUCACAUCAGAGCAGGCCAUGCAGGACCCUUACUUUUUGGAGGAGCCAUUGCCCACCUCUGAUGUGUUUGCAGGUUGCCAGAUCCCUUACCCCAAGAGAGAGUUCCUGACCGAGGAGGAGCCGGAGGACAAAGCAGACAAAGUAAGAAAUAAAAAUCAGCAGCAGCAACAGGGAAACAACCACACAAACGGGGCAGGGCACACCGGUAACCCUGACAACAGCCAUGCCCAGGGCCCGCCUCAGAAGAAGGUGCGAGUUGUCCCGCCGACCACUACCUCAGGUGGCCUCAUCAUGAAUUCAGACUACCAGCGCUCCAAUCCACAUGCUGCUUACCAGAACCCCGGACCAAGCGCGUCACUGCCCCAGAGCAGCAUGGGAUACUCCUCUACCUCCCAGCAGCCGCCCCAGUACUCCCACCAAACCCACCGCUACUGAGAUGCCCUUCUUACACACACACACAUGCAUACACUUGUGUACACACACAAACACACAGCCCUCACCAUGCCCGCCAGAACAAAUGUACUGAGCAAUGGAGGGGACACCCCACCCCACAGAGGGCACUUUCUAUCCACUAGUUGGCAAUUCUUCAAGAUAAGACGCCCGCGACACCAGUACUAGAAACACUUCUAUAGAACGAACAAAACCCCGAUGGGGGAGGAUCAUAACAAUGGAUACGAUGAUGGAACACAAACCAGCCACGAGGAGAUGGCCUGAUAAUGGGGGUGGACACGUUUUAAUCUGCUGUGUCAUCUCCACCUGUCUCCACACCCCCACCUACGCCUGACCCCAGCCAGCCAACCCCUCCCCAUUGAAGCAUGGAUGGGACUGAAAGCUGCUAUGUGACUGCCAGCGGUGACGAAUUUCUGUCCGACCGUCCUCCUGUCCAUCUGUUGUGUGUGUGUGUGUGUGUGUGGGUGUGACCCUGUGAGGGUCUCAGCUGGGGACUGAGCUGCCAUGGAGCAUGCUGGGAAAUGACAAAACCCCCCUGCAGCUUUGGCGCUUUUUCUGUUGAGAAAGGACAAAAAAAAAAGAAUCUGGCAAAUUAUUUUAGUCGUUUAUAAUUGAUUCUGUUUUCAUUGUAAAGUGGCAAAGCAGCUCGUGUUGUCUGAGCGCCGCGGGCGAGACUUACAACACGAUGACAAAACCAACCGAUCGCAUGGAGGAUGGCAGAUGGAACAUUCACUGUACUGUGUUGUAUCGAAAUAUUUUACAUGAAGCAAGUACCCUGAAAAUAAAAGUGACAACAUUGA